UUUUCCCGAAUCCUCGCCAUCACCACAUCUCUACCUGUGUUUAAUCAACGAUCAAGACGAAUUUCCGUAUUCGAGCAAUCCUCUUUAAGUUUCUAUACUUUUCUUGUAUACCUGUUGCUGCAACCUAAUUCAUUCGCAUACAACAACUCGCCUUCAUCCACGCGAAGAGCGUAAAACGGCGCUUCUUACAAUUUAUCUACCUAGCCGUCCCGACAACGUGUCAGGAUGGCCGUCACAUCUAUACAAGACCGCACGGCCGAGUUCCGCUCCGUGCUCACUCAAGUUCAAAGGCGGCAAGCCUCAUCUAAGGUCGGCGCGCAGAGAAGAUCUCUCUUAACAGACUCGCAAAAAGCAGCCGCCAAUGGCGAUGCGCAACCGCACCGGAGAUCGGAAUUCGCUAGGCGUGCCGCUGAGAUAGGGCGCGGGAUCGCUGCUACGAUGGGCAAAUUAGAGAAGCUGGCGCAGUUGGCGAAGCGCAAGACACUAUUCGACGACCGACCCGUCGAAAUUAAUGAGCUCACCUUCAUAAUAAAACAGGACUUAUCUUCCCUAAACCAACAGAUUAGCGGACUACAGUUGCUAACGCGACAGCAACACCCUAAAGCGGAUCAAGAAGGCGAACAUAAUAAGAAUAUCGUAUUAAUGCUACAAGGUAAACUUAGUGACGUUGGCGCCAACUUCAAGGAUGUACUUGAGGUACGCACCAAGAAUAUCCAGGCGUCGCGGUCGCGCACCGAGAACUUCAUAUCCUCCGUAUCGCAACAUGCGCAAUCGUCAUCUCUCCAACAAUCUGCGAGUCCUUUGUACGGAACACCGAAUCGCGGCACGCCGUCACCCGGCGCGGACUUAUUGACACUAAACCCACCAUCCGCGAUAGGCGACCAGCAGCUGCUUAUGAUGGAAGAGGCGGCACCGCAGAACUCAUAUAUCCAGCAGCGAGGCGAAGCUAUCGAGGCUAUCGAGAAGACCAUCAGCGAGCUAGGGUCAAUUUUUGGGCAACUAGCGCAGAUGGUAUCGGAGCAGAGCGAGAUGAUCCAGCGCAUUGACGCUAACACUGAGGAUGUUGUCGAUAAUGUUCAAGGCGCCCAGCGUGAAUUGCUCAAGUACUGGUCCCGCGUAUCGAGUAAUCGGUGGUUGAUCGCCAAGAUGUUUGGCGUGUUGAUGAUCUUCUUCCUGUGAGUAGCUUUCUUUCUACAAUUCAUUCAUUGUGUUCUUAUUGUAUAUCCGCUCU